CGCGAUAAUCAAGUGGCCGAUGGUUGUUGCCUACACGAUCGUCAACGUGCCGCAUCUUUGCUGAAAAAACUCGCGAGCUCGGUAAUCGCUCAUUUAAAUCAGACCCGAGUAAUUAUCAGAACUAAAAUUAUGUCCAGAUCUUAUUUAAUUUAAUUCCAAAAAUUUAAUUAUUGAAAAAAUCCCGUAAUAAACGCAGAGAUGGAGUUCAAUGUGGGUGAUGUACCCCAGAUAUCAACAGAGCUCGCACGAGUGGUUGAGAUCAUGAUGUCACCAAAUGUACCACAUCAACAACGACUUGAUGUUUAUAAUGCAUGCGAACGUUUCAAAGAAACAUCACCGUACUGCGCGCAAUGCGGAAUGUAUUUAGCACAGAAAUCACCAAACAGGAGCAGUGUUGUGCGUCAUUUUGGUUUGCAGUUGAUGGAGCACUGCAUCAAAUACCGCUGGCCCCAGAUAUCUCAGGCGGAAAAGGUUAUAAUCAAAGAAAGUGCUAUGAAGUUACUGCAGGAAGGCGUUGAGACGAUGAUGCAAGAGGAGACACAUAUCAAGGACGCUCUGUCACGAGUUAUUGUCGAGAUGAUAAAACGCGAGUGGCCACAGCAGUGGCCGACUCUGCUGGCCGAGCUCAGCCAGGCUUGCACACGUGGCGAGAGCCAGACAGAAGUUGUUUUGCUGGUUUUUCUCCGCCUGGUUGAAGAUGUUGCUCUGCUGCAGACUUUGGAAUCUAAUCAGAGACGCAAAGAUAUUUAUCAAGCGCUGACGACUAACAUGGCAGAGAUAUUCGCCUUCUUUUUGAGACUCAUGGAGCAGCAUUACAGUGAAUUUCAAAAGAAAAGUGACGUUGGUAAUGUCACUGAAGCUGCUGCGCACAGUAAAGUUGUUCAGGUGGUUCUAUUGACAUUGACCGGUUUCGUAGAAUGGGUAUCAAUAAACCAUAUAAUGGCUGACGAUGGCCGUCUACUUCAGAUCCUCUGUCUACUGCUAGGCCACCGGACAUUCCAGUACGCCGCAGCGGAAUGUCUUCUUCAAGUAGUAAACCGCAAGGGAAAAGGUGACCGUAAGCCUCUAAUGCUUUUGUUCACCGAAGAAGCACUGCGUUGCAUCUACACAGCAGCAGUAACUCCAGUGUCACAUUCAUCUCACGAGUCCCAUGAAAAUCAUUAUCUGUUUCUAAAAAAACUCACCCAAGUGUUGACGGGGAUGGCUACUCAACUGUGCACACUCUGGGGCAAAGAAGAUCUGUCAAUGAGUCGCCCAGCCCACUUCAGUCUUUUUCUGGACACGGUUAUGUCAUUUACAGUCCACGCAAGCUUGACAUUAAACCAUCUGGCGAACGCUAUAUGGAUAAUGUUGUUCCGACAUGACCAAGCGAAAACAGACACCCUGCUGCUGACGUAUGUGCCAAAGUAUGUAGAAAGUAUUGGGCCUAAAUUGAUUAAAGUGUCGUACCCAAGUGGGCACACUAACGGCAUGACCGCGUACUGUCUAAGUGAUUAUGACUCUGAGGAAGAAUUCAUUGUCUUCAAUCAUCGCUUCCGUAUGGAUUUACUCGAAGGCUUGAGACAUGCCACGAUGGUAGCGCCGUUGGUCACAUUCGCGUACGUCCAAGAGUGGCUGAAGACUAAAAUAAACCAGGGGAUGGCCAAUGUCCGCUACGCAAGUAAUCCUAAUGACGAGGUAUAUUAUCAAUGGGAAGCUCUGGCCCAAGCACUGGACUCGGUGAUAUCAAGAAUUUUACUGGUCAACGAACGACCAAGUGUACAAAAUGGUUUAACUCUUCUAGAACUCUGUCUUGGAUACUCGCCAGAAGAUCCAUGGCUACUUUCAGCUCUCUUGUCUUGCAUAUCAGCGCUUUUUGUCUUCCUCUCGAUGUCUACAGGGUCAAUGGCAAUGCCAGGGGUAGCGAUACUUCCAGAAGUACUGAAUAAAAUAUUCGCAGCUCUAGUUUUUGAGCCUCCCGGUGAAUCUAAAGGCGAGCGAUCGAAAGGUACCAAGUGCGUACGCCGUCAUGCUGCUAGUCUUAUGGUUAAAAUAGGAAUCAAAUACCCGCUUAUACUGCUCCCAGUCUUUGAAAUAAUUCAUACAACGGUACGUAGACUGAUACAGUCUGAAAAACUGACACGAAUGGAAAGCGUUACUUUAUACGAAGCCUUGGUCUUGAUUUCAAAUCAUUUUUGUGACUACGAUAGACAGUCGCGAUUCAUUGCCGAGACUAUUCACGAUGCAUCCAGGGACUUUAUUUUACUUGGCGCGCAAGCAUUUAAAGGACCUGAAGAGUUCAUCAGUUUCGUAGGACUGAAUACUCCAGUAGUGGACGACCGGUACGGUCACAAUCGUUCUAAUCUCAUGUACUGCAUCAACACGAUUCUCAGUGUUGUAAAACGCUGCGCGAUUCCUGAGGAUCCUGACCGCGCUACCAGAGGCGGCUUCGUCGUCGGACACAGCGAAAAUGGCAACCCGGUGUACAGAAAUCCAGCCGCAUCCAACAUCAUUCCCGUCCUGCCUACUCUGUUUGCUCUUGUACGCGCCAUGAAUGCUCUGUUCACACCGGCAGCGCUGUCAUUGCUCGCGGACGAUUACAAAAAAGCGUACGAUCUAGUUGAGACUGAAAGAGCCCAUCUGUUGGGACUGCACGUCAGCAGUAGUAAUCUUGAACAUGCUGCAGAAGCUGACCAAUCUUCUAGUAGCCCGUUACCGAGAAUGCAGCAAUUUUUAUCUACCAUUCAUGACAAUUGUUAUCAUAUGCUCGGCAGCGGUUGUCAUACUCUCGGUAGAGAUUUUUAUUCACUACCUGGUUUAUCUAUUGCUUUACUUAAUUCUGUUUUUUCUAAUAUGGAGGUAAUUCCGGAUUAUCGUCUACGACCAAUAAUACGUGUAUUUUUAAAACCGUUUAUUUAUUCCUGUCCUCCGGCAUUUUAUGAAAGUGUUUUGGUACCGAUAUUAACUCAUAUGUCAACUCACAUGUAUCAUAGAUUAAGCGCUAAAUGGCAAUACAUGACAGCAUUGUACGAAUCUGGUGGCCUGGAUGAAGAAAAUACAAACGAGCAGGAAGUUAUCGAGGACAUGCUCAAUAGAAAUUUAACCCGCGACUUUGUUGACGUACUGAAAGUAACUCUCGUCGGUGGCACGGCAAGCGAUGCAGCACCGCCAGACUCAAUGGAUCAGGACAUAUCGAGCAUGGCCGUUGAUCAAACUCCAGUAAGAGGUAACAGCGUUAUCGCCGAAGUUGUCAGCGAACUUGGAGCUUGUGUUUUACGGAUUCCUUCAACUUGUCACAGUGUCGUUUUAUGUGUACUUGGAGCAUUGGCUUGGAAUGAUUCAAAUGCUAGCUUGAAAGCGACCAUGCUGACUGGACCAAUAGUACGAGCACUGGCAGCUAAUGGAAGUUUGACCCCAGCGAUGGCAUCUCAUAUUAUGAUAGCAGUUCUCCAAGGUCUUCAAUUACACGGUCAGCACGAGGCGAAUCAAGGCUCGCUGAUAACACUCGGAGCGCAGAUUUACGAGUGUCUCAGACCCAAGUUUCCUAAUAUUAUUGAAGUUCUGCAACAAAUACCAGGUGUCAGUCCAGCAGAUCUCCAACGUUUUGAUGAAAAAAUGGCGGUCGUUAGUACGAAAGGAAAUAAUAAAGUUGAUAAGGGCAAAAAAGAAUUAUUUAAGAAGCUUACCCAUCAGUUGAUGGGAAGAAGCAUCGGACAAUUGUUUCGCAAAGAAGUUAAAAUAGACAACUUACCAAAAGUAGAAGUCAUGGGGAAGCCACAAACUCAGCGUGUUGAUGAAAUAUCUAAAACUGCAGCUGAUACAGGUUUGACUGCUCUGUUUGCUGGACCUACGUAGCAAAGAGUUACUGACAACUGUGCGUUGCACGGUUGGUCUGACUCUAUAAAUAACUUUAAGUUAUUAUAAACAAUAAGAAUAAUAAUAAUUAUAAUUAUAUUGAUAUAAUUAAAACAAAAAAUAAUGUAUCAGCCUUUGGAAGAGUACGGAUACGCAGGAGAGACGCUCGUUCAUAAGACACAAGAUCCCAACGGGUUGUUUAUGUAAUGCCAUGGAGCCUCUUUCGCUGCUGGACGACGAACGGCUCGUACUUUUACAUAUUAUUUUGUUAAUGUUCUAUUGUCUAUUGCAACAACCGAUUUAUAAUAAUCAGUGCGUCAAAAAUUUUUUUAUUUUUUUUUAUUUUCAUCGCAUUUUAAAAUCCAAUUUAAUUUGUUGUCAAAAAGGAUUUUUUUUUUUAAAUGAACUGAAUUUCUGUGAAUUAUUUUCAGAAUAUUUAUUUGUUAAUUUCAUUGUAUUGUUUUCUUUAUUUAUUAUUAUUAACUUUUUGUUUAACUAAAAUUAAUGAGAAUUGUUAUUCAGUAAAAUUUUUAACUCUAUUAUUUAAUUAUUUUAAUUAAUUUGAUUAUAUUUUCAAAAAUAUAUUAAGAAAUUGAAUUGCAAAAAUAAUUUAAAUAAUAGAGUUUUGUUAAAACAAAUUUUAAAUUCACCAUUGCUAUUUUUUUUAUUUUUUAUUUAUUUGUAUUAAAAUAUUUUUAAAUUUCCCGCAAAUUCGGUAGCUAACAAAUUUCUACCAAAAAAACGCCUGAAGAAAAAAUAAAAUUCAUUAAUUUUUAAUCAUUCCAUUUAAAAUUUAUGUUCGAUUGAUGCAUUUAUUUAUAAUUUGUUUUUAAAAUUAUUUAUACAGUGGUAUUGUCACAUGCACAAAUUUAUAAAUCCAGCAACGAACUGAAAAAAAUUUAGUAUGCAUAUUUUUAAAGUGAAAAAUUUUUUUACAACCGAAUUAAUAAACAUUUAAAAGUAAAUUAUAAAACUAAAUUAAAUCGAUAAUAAUAAAUAAUCAUAAUUAUCAUAAUUAAUAGAAUUUACACAUUUUUAUAAAUGGCUAUCACAUUGUGCUCAUGUAAUCAUCAUAUAUGUAUUGUUUUUGUUUAAAAAAUGACAUAUUGUUAUAAAUAAAUCAAAUCGUUAAAAAUCAUACCGGUAAAAUAAUAUCGAUUUUCGUGUUCUCACAUUUUUUAUAUAAAAAUACGAAAUUGUAUAGAGAGUAUCGAUUAGUGUAUAGUCCACAAUAUUAAUUAAUUAAUUAAUUGAAUACAUCACCGAUAUAAGUUCUUAUGUUACAAUACUCCUGCGUUUGAAAUAAGCUGCCAAUUUCAUAUAAAUAUCGUUUUGUAUAACGGCUUAUAGAACGAUCUUAUAAAAUCUUGUAUAUAUUGUAUUGUAAUAAAAUAAAAUCAUUGCAAAUAAAAUAUUAAAUUGAU